AUGGGCUGUGGUACAUUUUCAAAACAAUCAGAUUUUGCUGUUGAGGAUAAUAGACACACGCCUUCUCAUCAUCAGAACAAUCAAAGGAGAGUUGAUCAAGUUUCAUCAUCGCAAUCAUCAUCACCGGAAGAGGAAAAUCAUCAACAACAAGAACAACCGCUAGCCUCUUCCAAAAAAUCAAGAAAAGGGAGCACCUUAUCAAAAAGAGGGUCUUCCUCCAAAUCAUUUAACCAUUCUAACAUCCCAACUAUUGCCGAGGAAGAACCGGUUUCAGAGAUAUACCCGUUCAUUUCUUGGCCAGAGGAUAUCAUGAUUUCGCUUGCAAAUAAGGGUUCUCAAUUUGAGAUGGGAGAACUUUCUCUAAACUUGUCGGAUACUUCGGAGGAUUCAAAUGAGCGGCCGCUUUUAAAAUAUGUAAAGGAAAAAAGAAAUAGUUGUCAACAAAGUAUAAUAGAUUGCAUGUAUGAUAUGAUGAGCAAAUCAUUGUUUUUUGGAUCUAACUCGCCCUUCCCUGUAAAUAAUGAAAAUAAUUAUGACAUUGCUCUGGAUUUUAUUGCUCAAGGCUGUCCGUCAGGGAAGCAGAAGUUUAGUUUCUUUUCUCAUAAGGAAAUACUUUUACAUAGGAGCGCUUUCUUUAAAGGAGAGCUUUCAAAAGAUAAUGGAGCAGUUGACUCCUUAAAACGAACUCUAAGCAGUGCCCACGAUUUUAGAAAAUCUAUGGUUAAAGUAGAAACAAAUAUGGCAGAAAGAAGAAACACAGCUGGGGAAGCCAUGGCAUUGAAACGAACAACGAGUCAUACGAGUAAUCAAGUACCAAGAUCAAGUCUACCACCAAUGCCUUCCGCCCAACAACGAUCUUUAAACACUGCAAGUACAAAAAACUUAUUGGCUGGUUUGGAUUCUGGGGGAUCUUCUUCAAUGAUAAAGCCAAUCAUACAGGAUGAGAAGGAAGAACUCUUUUCUUCUCAAGGUAGUCUAACGUCACUAAUGCUCUCAGAAGAAAAGCGGAAAGGACGAAAACCAAAUAACCAAAACUUAACGAUUGACCUCUCUAAACAGACCAAAUCGAAUUUACAAGCGUCAAGACUAGAGGUGAUAUUAACACCACUCGUGAAAAAUCCAGAGGUUCUGCUGCUGGUGUUUGAGAACAUCUACUCGGGUUAUUUUCGACCGGACUAUGUUCACAAGAUGAAGUCUUUGGACAUGGAGUCUCUCAUUCAAGUGCUUGCCCUUGGCUAUCAGUUUAAAGUUCAGUCAAUUCGAUCGGUUUGUAAAAGUUUAAUAAGCCAAUAUGUCUGUACACAUAAGGACAAGCACACGACUCUUGAGGAUCUUAUUUCUUCGACUUGUACUACGUUAAGCCUUGAUGAUAUUCAGAAAAACAAUAUGAGUAUUGUUUUAGAGCUAAGAAAAAUAUUUCAGGACUCCAAAAAGUCACUACAAGAGAAUUUUAUCUCGCUUACUCAAGAGAAACGAACAUUCCUUAAAGAUCUUGAUUUCAUGUUUGUUCAUUGCAAUAUGAAGAAGAACCAUCAAGACUUUAGUGAUAUGAAACUGACGAUACACGUGGAAAAAAAGGAUGACGAAACUGAUGUACCACAUGAUUUAGGACAAGCAUCAGGUGUCUCUGCUCUGAGAUCAAGCUUGGAAAGAAAACAAAAUGAGGAUCAUGAUGUUCAGCCUCUAAUUAGUCAAAAGAAGAAGAGGUCCAAAAUUCAAGAUACCAUCGAACAGAAUCCAACGAAAAAGAUUUUCGUUCACAACUUUAUUCUCAAAUGCAGAACAGCUUUGGAACAUGUGGAGCAGUUUCAUCUCUACUGCACAAACGUGGACGUUGUAAAGACAUUUGUUCAUUAUUUGUAUACAGAUACCGUUCACAACGAUGCAUACAAUGUUAGCAAGAAAAAGAUAAUUCCUUUAGCUGAGCUAUUUCACAUUGACAGAUUGAAGUACGAAUGCUUGGCUCAAGCCUUGUUCAACUUAAAUGAGGACAACAUUUUGAAAAAAUACCGCAAGGCCAUCGAAUGUAAAGAGAUGUUGCUUUCGCAAGCAAUUUUAUACACCAUGGCAGGCGUAUAUCCAAAGCUGGUUCAAAAGAAUUUUGAAGAAGGAACAGAAGAGUACAACAUUUUCUUUUCCAUUGACGAGAAGCUGAAAAUGCUUUAUCAACGAAUAAGUGGUCAGUUCGUUCUAAGACGACGGUUGUUUGUAGAAACUAGAUUAGCUGAGCUCAUACCUAAGGUAGACACGUCUUUAUUACCUCCCAAUCAGACCUCUGCUAUCCACAAGAUACAUAUCCACGUUUGCGGUCAACGAGGAGUUGGUGUUUCCACAUUCAUAUCUCAAGCACGAUAUCAGCUCAACGACUUAAAAUCAUUUGAGGGAGUUGACAAUAUUGAGCUUUCAGUUAGCCAAUCUUACUCAUCAGACAAGCAAUAUGUAGCAACAUCUCCGAAGGCAGACGGUGUGAUUUUUAUGUUUGCCGUCGAUAACGUUAACUCUUAUAAUGCGAUUCGAAAAUGCUUUGAAGAUUUUAGAUCUCAUUUCAAAGCUCCAGUUUUGGUAGUUGGUAAUAAGUGUGAUGCAGUUAUACAAGCCUUUGAAUGUGAAAACACAAUUGUGAACUCAAACAGGCUAGUGAAAGAGGUAACCGAAGAGAUGGGUUGCCCCUAUUUUGAAAUAUCUGCAAGACAAACGAAUAACGUAAAGAAUUGUCUGGAAGAAGCGAUACGAGAGGUCCUUUAUCAUCGACACAUUAUUUUCAAAAUACAUUCUCAUCACUCUGAAAAAGUGAUACGGGACAACAUGGCAGAGGAGUCCAAGUCACCCACAAAAUAA